AUGUAUCCAGCCUUGAUCAAACAUCAGCUCACGAGACCCUCUGCCUUCCACAUCACCAGACUGGCCCGCGCUUCGGUCUCCGGAAAGACUCAGUCCGACGUGAAGGGAGACGAAGCAUUCUUCGUCAACACAACCUUCCCCGAUGACUAUGAAGGAUCGCCCUUGAGGGCCGAAGACCUUCAGAAACAACAGGCCGUAAAGGAACAGACUGCUGAAGAGAAAAUAGUAGGCGUCUCCUGGAUUUAUAUGUAUUAUGAAAGAGUACUGAUAAGUCAGGCUACCACCGCCGCGCAUAGAGCCGACAUUUACGAAAGUCUCUUCCCUCCAGAUCCAAAAAAGGCCGGGAAGCGCUCCAAAGACCCACAGGCUUUCGAGCAGGAGCCCAGUAUCGAUGAAAUGUGA